AUGAUUGGAAUAAGAGUUGAUAGACUUCACUGUGCCGACGAGGAUGUGAUUGAUGGUGCUAUUUGCAUCUUCAAAGCAGCUAUUUUUAAAACAAAUCAUUCUUUGAAUGGAAGCAGUCUCACUGACACAAGGCAGAUGGAUGCUGUGCUACCAUUGCUUCUUCACCUUCUCGAUGAGCGGGAUGGCACUGCCAGAGCUGUUGUUAUGCUUCUUGCAGAAUAUUGCUCCAUAAGCUUAGACAGUGGGUGCCUUCAAGAAAUUCUGAAGCGCCUUGCUUCUGGAAAUGUUUCACAGAGGAGGAAUGCCGUUGAUGUAAUUUCAGAACUUAUCCUUAUAUCAUUAGAUUCUGUCAACCUAGAUUCCCAUCUGAUGUGGCAAGAUAUAGCAAACCAAUUACUGGAGUGCCUCGAAGAUGAAGAAUCAGUAAUUCAAGCACAAGCAUCUAAUUUGAUUCCAAUUAUCGAGCCUUCAUUAGUUUUGCCUGGAUUAGUUCGUCUUAUUUACUUGUCAGAUGAAGGAAUACAGUCGUCUGCUUGUAAUUCACUGGUUGCAGUGCUGAAAAAUAACAACAAAAAACCAGAGGUUAUAUGCUCACUGCUCGACUCUUUGAGCAACCUCUGCCAAAGCCCAGACCUUCCAGAAGUUGCUGGUGGUAGAAGAGAAGGAUCAAAGUUGGACACUGAUAGAGUACUCAAAUUGAUCCCAGAGUGGUCAAAAACGGUUACAGAUUGGAGCUUGAUAAGUGGACCAUUGAUCGACAAAAUGUUUAUGGAGCCAUCAAAUGCAAUUUUUGUCAGGUUCCUAAGUUAUAUAAGUGAACACUUAGCGGAAGCUGCAGAUGUUGUUUUCUGUAGACUUCUUUUGCAUGCAAGGCAGCAAAAAGAAAUUGAUGAAGGCCACUUCACCGACCAGGAGUGUAAAACCUAUCCAAGCGAUGGUGCUGUGAAAUUCCAAAGUUCUCUCUUUGAUCGCCUGUGCCCAUUGCUUAUAAUCAGGCUGCUUCCACUGAGAGUUUUCAAUGAACUCAAUUCUUCUCUUAUGUAUGGUGAACUUCCCAGCCGAGACACUAUGCAUGAUAAUGAAUAUUUCAGCAUUGACGACACUGAGUGUGUUGCUAAACUUCUGAUGAACAGGGCUUUUAAUAAGUUUGAGCUUGAAGAUGUUCGGAAACUUGCAGCUGAGCUCUGUGGACGUAUUCAUCCCUAUAUUCUAUUUCCAAUUGUUUCUUCUCAAUUGAAAAUUGCUGCAAAUGCUCAUGAUUUACUGAAGAUAAAAGCUUGUCUGUUUUCAAUUUGCACAUCUCUUGUGAUCAGAGGCAGGGAUUCAGUCUUGCCUCCUGUUAUCUCCAGAAUUACAGAAACAAUUGAAACUGUUCUGUUAUGGCCUUCGAUGGAUGGAGAUGAAGUUUCCAAAGCACAACAUGGGUGUAUUGAUUGUCUAGCACUGAUGGUAUGUACUGAACUACAAGCACUAGAGUUAUUCAAUUGCACCUGGAACGGAACUAGCAUUGUUGGAGAGGAUGGUUGUUCUGGUAGUGCUUCUGCAAGAAAUUCAGUCCACACUUAUGUGAUCCAUCAAUUGACUUGUGAUAAGAAUGAAUUUAUCUCGUCUGGUAGAGAGAAGUCUGAGGCAAAUGUCCCUCUCCCAUUUCGCUUGUGCAUGGCUAAUGUCCUCAUUAGUGCUUGCCAGAAAAUCUCCAACUCUGGCAGGAAACCCUUUGCCCAGAAAACUCUUCCUUGUCUCAUUCAAUCUGUUGGGGUAGCAAAGGAGCCAGAGAUUAGAGCAGCAUGUAUUCAGGUUCUCUUCUCAGCUGUGUACCAUCUGAAGACUGCAAUUCUUCCUUACUCCUCUAAUCUUCUUAAAGUCUCUUUGAAAUCUCUUAGAGAAGGAUCAGACAAGGAAAGGAUGGCUGGUACCAAGUUGAUUGCAUCUCUCAUGGCAAGUGAAGAACCAGUUGUGCAGAAUAUUUCUGAAGGCCUACUGGAAGCAACAACAUUACUUUCAGCUUUAUCCUUAUCUGACCCUUCACCAGAUGUACGAAAAGUUUGCCAACAGUUGCUUGUAUGUAUGACUUCUCCAUAAUUUGUUUAGUUAAUCAGCUUCUUUUUAUGUUUAUCCCAUGGUGGAGAUGUGUAAAGAACUUUUGUAAAUUUACAGCAAAUUUUGUUAGAGCAAUUAUAUGCUUUCCAAAUUGCAUCCCA